AUGGUUGUGAAGAAAGGGAUCGUAUCGGGGAAGAUCAGCAAGAAACGAAAAAUUGGUGGAAGACGGUUGAAAUUUAAACGGGGUAUACAAUCGAACCAGGGAGAUGAUGCAGACAGAAAGAAUAGCGCAGACAACAGAACAGAAACAGCUGAGUUUAAUGGAGACACGGAGUAUUCCGAGUCACCAGAAGUUUCAGAACCUACUUUAAGACCACGGACUCGAGUGAAAAUGCCCAGCGUAGAGUAUGGGCCAGAGAUCAACGGGUAUCGGUUCGUGCGAUCGGUAAACGAAGAAGCGUUUGAAUUCACUACAAAACCCCAUGUUAACAACGACGAUGAUGAUAUCUUGCACUCAGAUUCACACUCACACUCGGAUUCGGAUUCAGUUUCUGAGACGAGCUCGAACUCUCAUCCAGCCUCAGCAGAGUCCGAAGAUGAGCUAUCUUUCACCCAUGCAUGGAGCUACGAAGACUACAACCGACACUGGGAAUCCGCUCCGAGUGAGAUAGCAUGGCCCGUGGCAUCCAACCAUCCUGCAGAUCUGAGCGUUGAGUCAAUCCGAUCGUUCUUGGAUAAUGGCCGGUUGAAGAAGCGGCUCAAGACUGAGAGAGUGCGAUGGCAUCCGGACAAGAUGAUGGUGGGUCGGUCCGAGGAAUUGAAGGAGAAGGUGACAUUUACCUUUCAGUGUAUUAACAGUAUAUGGGAUGAGUGUUUGAAAAGUGGGUUUCAUUAA